UAACCGCAGAAUCGCCCGCAAUCACUACAGCGUCCGGAGAGGAGACCGUGUCUCACAAAUACCUGGGAACUCGGCUGACAUGCUUCGAUCGGACAGUGUUUACUCUAACUCCCUCCAUUCAAGGCUGGUGCGCUCCGAGAAUAGCCGCUGCUUGGACAGUGGGUGCUUAAAACGCCGGGUUGCGUGGAAGGAAGUGACAUGCCACCUUCCACUCACUACACACACUUGGAGAGAUUAGCGCGCAGGCGGCAGUAAUCUGUUUUCAGGACCAUGGCCAGAGGCACUUUUUGACCAUGAAUCCUGUCGAAAGUUGCCCACAGCGCGCUGUCAACCUUUUGGGACACCGGGGAGUGUGAAGAAGUUCGUUUGGACGUUGAGGAAUGUGGCAAAGUUGGACUGAAAAUGUUUGCCCGGUUGAUUUUAUGUAAAGACACCUGAGGUAAAUUAAAUCCGCGAACAAUCGGUGUCAUUGACGAUAGGUUCACAGGAAACUGUGGAUUAAGAGGUCUGGUUACCCAGUAAAAAAAGAAAAUAAUAGUGCUAAUAAUUUUUAUGUGAACACGAAGCGGAGGGAGCACACGAGAAGGUUGUGCGCUCAGACGGGAGCGCGCAAAGACUGCACACUGGUCCGGUCCUGGAGUCGUGAGGAUGGAGAUCCGGCCGGACAGGUUUAAGGCCGUGGCAGCCAAGACUCUCGGGAAAAUAUACGGAGCUCUUGAGAAGAAACAGGAGAAUGGCGAGACCAUCGAGCUGUCGGCGGAGGGCCGGCCGGAGCUGGUGGAGGAGAAGGAGAUGCCCGUGGUGGACUGCACGUGCUUUGGCCUGCCCAGGCGUUACAUCAUCGCCAUCCUCUCAGGCCUCGGAUUCUGCAUCUCCUUCGGUAUCCGGUGCAACCUGGGUGUGGCCAUCGUCAGCAUGGUCAACAGCCACACCAUCUACAGAGACAACAAGGAGGUCAUAGUGAAAGCGCAGUUCGACUGGGAUCCGGAAACGGUGGGAAUGAUCCACGGUUCAUUCUUCUGGGGAUACAUAGUGACCCAAAUACCCGGAGGGUUCAUCUGCCAAAAGUUUGCAGCAAACAGAGUGUUCGGCUUUGCUAUAGUGGCCACGUCUUGCUUGAACAUGCUCAUCCCCUCGGCAGCGCGGGUGCACUUUGGCUGUGUCAUCAUCGUCAGGGUGUUUCAGGGACUCGUCGAGGGAGUUUCAUACCCAGCCUGUCACGGUAUCUGGGCGAAGUGGGCGCCGCCUCUUGAAAGAAGUCGUCUGGCCACGACGGCUUUCUGUGGUUCUUACGCUGGUGCUGUUAUUGCCAUGCCGUUAGCUGGGAUCCUUGUGCAGUACUCAGGAUGGUCGUCUGUCUUCUACGUCUACGGAACCUUUGGUAUCAUGUGGUACUGCUUCUGGAUCCUGGUGUCGUAUGAGAGUCCGGCAAUCCACCCCACCAUCACCGACGAGGAGAGGAAAUAUAUUGAAGAGAGUAUCGGCGAGUCGUCUCAGCAGUCAAUAACGAAGUUCAACACGCCGUGGAGAGCCUUCUUCACCUCCAUGCCGGUUUACGCCAUCAUAGUGGCCAAUUUCUGCAGAAGCUGGACGUUCUACCUGCUCCUCAUCAGCCAGCCUGCCUACUUUGAGGAGGUGUUUGGUUUCGAGAUUAGCAAGGUGGGCAUUGUGUCUGCCCUGCCCCAUCUGGUCAUGACCAUCAUUGUGCCCAUCGGUGGUCAGAUCGCCGACUAUCUGCGCUCUAACCAAAUCAUGUCGACCACCAACGUCAGGAAACUCAUGAACUGCGGAGGGUUUGGGAUGGAGGCUACUCUGUUGCUGGUGGUCGGAUUCUCACAUACAAAAGGCAUUGCCAUUACCUUCCUGGUCCUGGCCGUGGGCUUCUCUGGUUUUGCAAUAUCAGGUUUCAAUGUCAACCACCUGGACAUUGCACCACGAUAUGCUAGUAUCCUGAUGGGUAUUUCCAACGGUGUGGGCACGUUGUCUGGCAUGGUUUGUCCUCUUAUAGUUGGCGCCAUGACGAAGCACAAGACGCGUGAGGAGUGGCAGGGUGUGUUUCUCAUUGCUUCGCUUGUUCAUUAUGGAGGUGUUAUAUUCUAUGGCCUCUUCGCAUCUGGGGAGAAACAGGCUUGGGCCGAGCCAGAGCAGCUGAGCGACGAGAAGUGCGGCAUCCUGGAUGAGGACGAGCUCGCAAAUGAGACGGAGGAGCUGUAUCGCACAAGCGGAGGGGGAGGCUACGGAGCCAUGAACCAGGGGUCAGACCCUAACGGGGGAGGCAUGGGAGGAGGAGGAGGAGGAGGAGGAGGAGGAGGAGGCUGGGUGUCAGACUGGGACAAGACCGAGGAGUAUGUGCAACCAGCUGGAACCAAUAAUUAUCUUUAUGGAGGAGAGGGUGACAGAGAGUUAACAUAAAAGUAGCAGGUCGCCCGCACACAGUGAGGCAGAAACUGUAAAAUUACACCUGGCGUGGAAAAACUUGCGGGAUUAAAAAAAAAAAAAAAAAAAAAAUGGAGCCUGCCCAGGGACUCAUUUCAGCAAACCUCACUGUGUUAUCACAACUGGACUGAAGAGACUGAACAGUGGGGGCGGAGACAUUAGUAGAUGUAAAGUGUGUGUUUGUGUGUGACUGCAGUUGUGUACCUUUGUGUGACAGACAGGUGUGUUUUAGGAAUCGUCAGUCUGUUGGAGGAAUGACAUAUGCCUGCGUAUGCACGCGUGGAUAGACAGCUAAGUCGUAAGGAAACACUGAAAAUAACAGGGUUAGCAAACAGUGGGCAAGAAACUUAUGCCAUGUGCUGAAGAGCUGAGUGAAAGUGUGCAGCUGUGUGGACAUUAGCCUCUGCCAAAGACUGUCGUGUGUGUAUGUUUGUUUAUUCUUCCGAUUGUUCAGCUUAUCAUGUGUUUUCCUGUUUUUGUCAAAUUCGUUCUAGGCCUGUGCCUGGAAAAUUCUUGUCCUGAUAUCCAGGUCCCACUGAGUCUAAGCCGCCCCUAAACAUCGUAAAAACAACACACGCAUCGCCACUAACCCUAACCCGGUUAUUUUUCAGUGUUUUCUUACAACCUAUUUACUGUACAGCUGUCCAUCCAUGCAUGCAUCUACCGGCAUACGAAACGUCUCCAACAAGCCUUGUUGGACGAAGGCUGCGCUUUAGGUCUAGUGUGGCUCUCGUUGGUGUUUCUUCAUUGUAAUCAUUGUAGACGUUUCUCUAUUAACUGACUUUAUUUGUAUGUCUCUCACAUCAUAUUUGAAUCACUCAAGAUUACACACUUCUAAGCACAUGCUGACAAUGGAAUUCUCUCGUUAGGUGGCUAAACACUGAGCUUGUCGAAAUGGCUUUAAAUUUGUGAAACGGGAAGGUUUUCGUGAUCUGACGUCAUUAUUGUCCUUAAUCUGCACACCUUCAAGAAGAAGCAUGUUGCUUGUGCCAAUACAACAAAAUAUUUUGUUCUGUAGUAUUGGUGUACAUGAUAAUCGAACACCUGCAAACGUUACUGUACGCAACUUUCUGUGAAGUCGAACUAGCCCACGUUGACGUUUUUAAAUGCAAUUUUAUUUCCUGGAGAAAAAAAAAUGCUUUAUGAACAGUACAUGGCCUCUAACCUGUCUGCCUGCUGACAAACCGAGGGUUAAAAAGGCCUCGGGUUCCUCGGAGGGGCGUUAUUGUCCAGCAAAAUAACAUUCACCUUGAAAAUAGUUUAUUAGUUUAGAAAUCUUUUUUUCAAAAUCAAAUGUACUACAUGCUUCAUUAUUGUUAUUCUGUUAUGGAACUUUGGAAAAGCAGUUUGCUCUCACUGUAAAAACUGUGAAGUCUCUACAAAAACCACUGAGCCUAGUGACGUAGCAUUCUCAUUUAAAGGCUAACUUUUGAUGCCCUUUGAUUCAUUUUAAAGUGUUUUAAAACGACGGUUUGCUAAAUGAUGGAUAAACUGUCCAAUUAAAACUGACAUCAGUUAAAAUAUAUAUAUAUAUAAAAAAAAAGUAACAGCAGACAAUGAAACGAUGACAUUUCCCUGUAAAUGAGCAACUUACUCUACUUUUGUUAUUAGAUGUUGUCAUGUAUCUAGUUAUCACAGAAAUGAAAUGAAAAAAACAAACGAGUCCCUGUAUUAGGUCACGGGAUUUCAUCGAGUGGAGUUCACUCAUAGACUGGAUGUAAAAUGUUAGGAUUUUUACAGGUUUUUGUCUUUUUUCAUUAAACCACUGUUAAAUGUUUUGUUCUGGGUUGUAAACUUAAAACUGAAUGUGUAAAAAAAAAAAAAAAAUCCUGUACAUGUGGACAUAUUGUAUAAUAAAACCUAGAGGUGAAUA